ACGGUUGUUGUGAUAAAAUCUUUCUCUAGAGAUUCGACACUUUAUUUAUUUAUAUAAAAAAAAGUUUUACGUAUGCCUUUUUUUAAAUUACGUGUAUAAACUGUAUAUAGGCUAAAGCUUCGAAUGGAAGUUGCUGCUGCUCGCGGUUAAUUAAGGAAAAACUAUUUGACUAUUUAACUGACUACAUUUGUGCAGGACAAUGAUUUGAAGGCGGCUCGCGGGCGCCCCCUUCCUCCUCCCCCUCGUCCUUCCUCUCCCUCCUCUGUAGGGUUUACACUAAACUUCCUGGAAAUAAAAAAGUGAGCACUUUCAAAAGCAGGUAGGAGUUUUAUGAUUAUAGGGAGAUAAAACACACACGCACAGUGGAAGGAAGCGUUAAAUGGAGCAGGUCUAGCACUUAAGAGGGCUGAUGUGAGCUGGAUUAUUGUUGGUAUUUUUUUCCCGUAAUCUCGGUCCAACUGUUUAAUUAGCUUUUUCGCGGGGAGGAAAUGUCACUUGAUAUAGCCUCGAAUCAAAUCCAUGAACUUUCAGCGGACAAACUGAACUGUCCUAAACUUUUCCAUGGAAUUUAAGCGAAACAAGAGAAAACACCCACUCAGCGCUAAGAUGGCAUUGUGCGGACGCAGGGGUCGCCCCAAGUUACUGCUGUUCCUCGUCUGCGCUUCACUGCUCGGAUAUUUCUUCUUCCACAGAGGUUCCGAUAUGAGCCGGGCGAAUCGGAGAGGGGUUUCCCUUGACCUGAGUCCCGAGCAUGACACCGAGCUCCUGCGCAGACCUGUCUAUGAGAAACCUCCAUUAGACCCGAGUGCACUGGGAGAACUGGGGGUAGCCGUCAAACUGGAGCUGACUGGAGAGGAGAAGAGAAAAGAAGAAGAAAGUGUGGAGAAACAUCAGAUCAACACUUACCUUAGUGAUAGGAUCUCUCUCCACCGCAGAUUACCUGAAAGAUGGAAUCCCCUAUGCAAAAACCUGAAGUAUGACUACCGGAGUUUGCCUUCCACAUCAGUCGUUAUUGCUUUCUACAACGAGGCCUGGUCUACGUUACUUCGCACGGUGCACAGUGUGCUGGAGACCUCACCUGAUAUUCUUUUGAACGAGAUCAUCAUUGUGGACGACUACAGUGACAGAGAGCAUUUGAAAGAGCCACUGGAGAGCUACAUAGCCGGCCUGAGGAAAGUACGACUGAUCCGAGCAAGAAAGAGAGAGGGGCUGGUCAGAGCUCGGCUUCUGGGUGCCUCCAUAGCCACAGGUGAUGUGCUAACUUUCCUAGACUGUCACUGUGAGUGUCACGAAGGUUGGCUGGAACCCCUUCUACAUAGAAUUAAGGAGGAACCCAGUGCUGUCGUUUGUCCUGUAAUAGACGUCAUUGACUGGAACACAUUCCAGUACUUGGGCAACGCAGGAGAGCCUCAGAUCGGUGGCUUUGACUGGCGUCUGGUUUUCACAUGGCACACUGUUCCUGAAUACGAGCAGAAACGCAGACACUCCCCUACUGAUGUCAUCAGAUCUCCAACUAUGGCUGGGGGCCUGUUUGCAAUCGGCAAGAAGUACUUUCAGUACUUGGGUACAUAUGACACAGGGAUGGAGGUGUGGGGAGGAGAGAACCUGGAGUUCUCUUUCAGAAUCUGGCAGUGUGGGGGCAGUUUAGAGAUCCAUCCCUGUUCCCAUGUGGGACACGUCUUCCCUAAAAAGGCUCCCUAUUCACGUAGCAAGGCCCUGGCUAACAGUGUGCGCGCAGCAGAAGUCUGGAUGGACAACUACAAGGAGCUCUACUACCAUCGUAACCCCCAUGCUCGCCUGGAGGCCUAUGGCGAUGUAACGGACAGAAAGAAGCUAAGGAUGCGUCUUGGUUGUAAGGACUUUAAGUGGUUUCUGGAGAACGUCUAUCCAGACAUCCAUGUGCCACAGGAUCGACCUGGCAUGUUUGGAAUGCUAAAGAAUCGAGGAAUGAAUAACUACUGCUUUGACUACAAUCCACCCAGUGACCAUAACGUGGAAGGCAACAGGAUCAUUCUGUAUCCAUGCCAUGGCAUGGGCCAAAACCAGUUUUUUGAGUACUCUUCAGACAACGAAAUCCGUUACAACACAAGGGAGCCGGCAGGCUGUGCCGUGGCAGAUCCCAUCUCUACGUUCCUCAGCAUUAAUCAGUGCCGAAAACCCCAACAACCUGUUCCUGAGAACCAAAAGUUUGUGUUUAGAGAGGAUGGAACUUUGUACCAUGUCCAGACUCAAAAGUGUGUGGAGGCCUUGCAAAAGGUAGACAAUGGCAGUCCUGGUCCUGCUCUUCGUCCGUGCAGCAGUUCAGCUCACCAGCAGUGGUUCUUUCAGGAGAGGACACAGAUUUAAUGUGCUAGCUUUACAGAACUUUCUGUACAGCUCCAGAGCUUGAAAUGUCAUGUGACUGAAACAGAUUCUUGGUGAUCUACAAUGGUGAUCUGCUGUUCCUUCCUCUUUAUUUUGAUGUUAUUAAGUGAAAAUUCACUUUAUUUAUGAUUUAAUGACGAAGAAAAAAAAAACAUUUGCUUUAAUGGAUUUGGUGCAAUCACUUACACCAGUAUACUGAUCACUCCCUUGUUUUUUUCUAUCACUUGAAGUUCUUGAAUUAAGAUCUUUUUAAGAAUCAACUUUUUUUUUUUUAUCUCAGUGCAAUAGGUUUUACUCUUCAUCAUAGUACAUGCUCACUGCUUGAACAUAUAUAUAUAUAUAUAUUUUUUUUUUUUACUGUGGGGGAAAGCCUAGUUUUGGCAGUAAUCAGUUGUGAUUAUAAUAACUGUGCACUCUUUGCUACAUUGGUGGGGCAGCAGGUGGGAUUUCUGACUCACAGUGCCGGGGCUCCUGGUUUAGUCCUACUCAUUACUAACUGUGCUGAGUGUCUUAUUUCGUUCCAGUGCGCAUUUGGGUUUAUUCUGUGUUUUCUUUUUCUCACUCCUCCCAAAACCCUGUUGCUGAAUUGGCUAAAAGGCUGAAUUGGCACAAAAAGAGCCAUUUUUUUUUUUCAUAGGUAAUUUGAUUGAGGGUAAAGGUUUUGAGACUGGGAUCCUGGGGAACAAAAGUAUGUCAUGGGACCAAACAAUGGCAGACAAACAAAAAUCUAAUUAUUUAAUUCAUUUUUUAUGUUUAUGACAUGCUGUCAAAGUUAGUAUUUCUACCUCUGUUUUAAGAGUUCCAGGAGAAUAUUGGUUUAGGUUCAUAUUUGGUUUAAAAACAAACCUUCUGGUUUAGACCACACUCAAUUUGGGUUUAAAUUCAAAUACCGAUAAAUAUUUGAAUUAGUAAAGAUAUCUCUCUCUCU